AUGUACGAGAGCCCCAGCAAAAAAGACCCAGCACCACAACACCUCGUCUAUGAGAGGGAUGUUUUGCUGGCUGCCACGGUUGGUGUCGUUGCAAGUCCGGUAGUUGUUCGCGACACAACUGCUUCCGAUGUGUCAAUUGUCCCAGCUGCAACCACAGUCUCCACAAACUCACCUGCUGGAGUCGAGCUCUUCAAGUCUGAAGCAAUCCAGCUGACAGAUGGAGUAUUGAUGAAUGCUGAUGCUCAAAUCAAUGAUACCGAUGUUCUUGCUCUCGUCGGCUUCGACGACAGUUCCAAACCAGCUGGACCGAGGCGGGCUCGACACAAUGGCACCUGUAAAACAUUCCCAGGUGAUCGGGAUUACCCGCUUCCGACUGUGUGGUCUCUAUUAGAUUCUCUCCUCGGGGGAGCGCUGAUCAAAACAACGCCUGUGGCUGCCCCUUGCUACAAGAGUACCGGCGUGUACGAUCCGGCCAAGUGCGCAGAUAUCUCUGCAAAGUUUACGACCACUGAUAUCCACACAAAUGAUCCCACUUCGAUCAUGUGGCCGUUGUACCAGGGACGUACCUGUCUACCAACCAAUGACCCGAACGGCACUUGCACACUGGGUGGAUAUCCAUCUUACUCCAUCAACGUCGAGAAUGUGGCUCAAAUCCAAUUGGGCAUCAACUUUGCUCGCAAUCUCAAUCUACGUCUGGUCAUCAAAAACACUGGUCACGACUUCCUUGGUAAAUCCAGUGGUGCGGGCGCUCUCAACUUGUGGACCCACAAUCUCAAAGAGAUUCGGUUUAUAGAGAGUUAUCAGAAUGCAGGGUACAGUGGUCCUGCUUUCAAGGCUGGUGCUGGCGUCCAGGGUUUUGAGAUUCUCGAGGCUGCUCGUGACAAUGAUGUUACCGUUUUAGCCGGUAUCUGUGAAACGGUCGGAUGGACAGGUGGCUAUAUUGCUGGAGGUGGCCAUUCACCACUUGCUUCGAUUUACGGAAUGGCUGCCGACCAAGUCCUUGCGUUUGAGGUGGUCACAGCCGAUGGUCGCUUCGUGACAGCCUCGAAUACUGUCAAUCAGGAUCUCUUCUGGGCGCUUCGUGGAGGAGGAGGAUCGGCCUUUGGUGUCGUUACCUCUGCAAUUGUCAAAGCGCAUCCCAGAAUCAAAGUCACCAAGUCGAUAUUCUCUUUUCAGGCCGCUCCUGACAAUUCGGCAAACUUCUGGAAAGCAAUUCAUGCCUACUUCAAAAAAUUCCCUGCCUUCACCAAUGCAGGAACGUAUGCGUAUUUCUGGAUUUGGAAUUACGGAACCUCGCUCGACUUCCAAAUGCUGCCGUUCUUUGCGCCCAACCACACAGUCGAAUCGUUCAACGAACUGACCAAGCCCUUAUUCGACGAGUUCAGAACCCUCAACAUCUCCAUCUCCCCAAAUACCACAUUUUACGAAGACUUUUACUCUGCAAACAAGGGCGCCUGGGGCGACUCCACGGUCGGCGUGUUGUCCAUUCGCCAAGCAACCCGGCUCUUUCCCAAGAGCCUUUGGGAAACCGAAGACAAGCUCAAAGGCUUCUACAAUACCGUCAAAAACACGGUGAUGAGCGGCCAAACCGUCAUUGGAUACCACAUGGCUCCUGGCAAUCCUUUCAACGUCGACAACGCCGUCAACCCCGCAUGGCGCACCACCCAAUCCUUCCUCAUCACCGCCAACACCGUACCCGACAACGCCACCCCAGCCCAACUAAAGAAUGCUUCGGACACGCUAACCCACACCAUCAUGGAACCCUGGCGCCAAAUCGCACCCAGCUCCGCCGGCGGCGGCGUCUACCUCAACGAAGCCGAUAUCCAGGAACCCAACUGGCAAACCGAAUUCUACGGCGCUGCGCAGUAUCCCCGGCUUUUGGCGCUCAAGCGCAAGUGGGAUCCUAGUGAUGUGUUUUAUGCGACUACGGCUGUUGGGAGCGAGAGAUGGCAGGUACGGGAUGGGGAGCAGGGCGUACAGACUCAGAAUGGGCGUUUGUGUCGUGUGGCGUUGUAG